AUGUCGAGUCGCCCCGCAAUGCGCCCACGCAACGGUACCAUAACACAGAAUGAAACUCACCAGAGAGAGAAUGUCAAGCUGGAUAGCACGAAGGGGAAAGGGAAGCCUAGGCCGCAUAUCGCAAGCAAGGUCUUCUGCGUUUGUCGCAAACCGGACGACGGGACACCCAUGAUUCGUUGCGAGCAAUGUCGUGAAUGGUUCGUGUUCUCUGCCACUGGGUUGGGUGCAAUUCGACUGAACUGUGUCAGGUAUCAUUUUCGUUGUGUUGGCUUAUCGGAGCGGGACGCGGAGGACAUCCAAACGUAUAUUUGUGAACGCUGCCAUCAAAAGACUGGCCUGCGUACGAUCAUGGAAUGGGAAGGCGUAGACGGGCUGGAGGUCGUCAACCCGCCCGACGUACGAUCACCGACGCUGGGAUCAGAGGAUCAGGGGGGUGAAGCGGGGGAGCAUGAGUCUCAAUCAGAAGACGAGAGCGCGGACGAUUAUGUCGCUGGAGCAGGGAGGUUGCCCGCAGGCAAGCGUCGAUCUCGGCGCGUGUCCACGUCGUCGGACUCGGACAGUGACUCUGGACGGUCAGCGAAGGGGCCAAACCUGACGAAGAGGAUCCGUCGUGAUGUCCCUGUCGGCGCAAACGCACCACCACCUGCGAAUGGCACCAAGCGGAAGCAGCCUGACGCAGCUCAGCCUGCGAUCAAACGGUCGCGCACCGAGUCCGGCGAGGACCCUGCGCGGAAGUAUUGUCUGACGAAGCUGUUGGAGGUGUUCACACGUAUCUUCACGCAGUAUCCAUUUCUGAACGACGGGCGCCAAGAUCGGGAUGCUGGCGUUGGGAGGGAUUUCACACCAGACAAGGCCCCGGAGGAGCUGACUGACGAGGAAAAGGAAAAGCUGGAGGCGACAGCGAGGCAGUUCACUGCAGAUCUCGAACAGUGUAUGUUCGCCAUAUAUUCUGAACCCGAUAAGACCGGAAAACCUCACGCCGCGGGCAAAUACAAGUACGUGAUUGUGUCAUAUAUCGUCAAAACGCCAGUGACAAACCCUAUUGCGUAUAGGGAGCGUUUUCGGAUGCUUACUUUUAAUUUGAGCAAACCUGAUCGUGUUCUUCUGCACAAGCGCAUCGCGUCUUCGCAGAUCCCGCCGAGAGAGUUGUCUACAAUGUCAUCCACUGACCUGGCCGACGAAGAAACAAAGCAGUCCAUCAAGCACGCCGAGCAGGAGGCUCUGGCUCACUCCAUUCUGAAGAAGCAGACGCUUCCUCGCGCAAAGAUUACCCACAAGGGCAUUGAAAACAUCGAGGACAUGUAUGGUGCGGAACAGCGCGACAUGGAACGCGUGCGUGAGGAAGAGGAGGAGGCGCGAAUUGAGAGAGAACGAUUGGCACGGCUGAAAUUGCAGGCCGAGCGUGCACGGUCGGCGAGUUCCCUUGGUCAGGGUUCUGUGCCGCCCGAAUCGCCUGUCGUUUCGCAGUCAUCAUCCUGGGGCGCGCCCCAUUCGCUGCAGUCAGAUAGUAAUGCCGCGCAUUCAAUGGAGGGCUUGGCUAGACCAGCCCCGAACACUAUGUUCGUGUCCUCUGUAUCUGACUAUGUUGGAUUGGUGGAGCCUGAGCUCAAUCUUGCGGACCUGAUCAAUAUCGACGAGGAUCUCCCUCCCGAUGUUGCUGCUGUCGAGUCUCCCCCUUCGUCUACCGCGCCUCAUCUUGCUUCGUCUGAUGCGAGAUCUUCGUUCUCUCAGGCAAGUCCGACAUCGGAGAGCACACCUCCGGUACCAUCUACUACAGGCAUUUCUCCAUUUGCCGCCAAAUCCGACAUCACCUCGCGUUCAUCAUUCGAUCUCAGUUCUCUGUGGACUGCGAACGGCGCUGAGCAGACGUCCGAACAGCCAAUCAUUGUUGAUGCUCCCGAGUCGGAACGCCAGGAGGACCCCAAGGCGUCUGCUGUCGAUGUAGACAUUCUUGGGGAGGAAGCCGACGAUCAGGACUUUGACAUGUUCCUUGAAAAAGACGAAGAAGACAAGCCAACUGUGCCUGUGGAUGACAACAGUCCGGAGGCCCGACGAGCUGCGUUCGAGGCAUUGCCUAAAGUAUGGACGGGCACUCUGAGCAUGCCCCUCGAUGCAACAAUGGCGCAAGAGGUCUCGCUAUCCGCCUGUCAAGUUGGUGGUAGAGACAUCAAUCACGAACCACUGCUAUGGCAAACGUUGUUUCCUGCAAAAGCGCUUCGCAUUGACGGUCGAGUUCCGGUUGAGAAAUCGGCUCAGUAUUUGACACAAAUGCGCUUGAAUCCGACUAAAGAGCUCAUCGCGGUAGCGUUCUCUCCCGAUACUGGAACAGGCGCCGAGUUCAUUGGUUUCAAAGCCCUCGUUGAUCAUCUAGUGGCGAAAGGGCGUCAUGGUCUCGUCUUUCCCUGGGGCAACAGGCCCAAGGAGUGGGCUCCAGGGCGUGAACUUUACAUUGUUCCCCUCCUCACGACAGAGGCUAUACCCGAGUUUUUGGAAUUGCUCGACAACCUUCGCUUACCCAAACUCAGAGACCACGACUUCCUCAUUGGCGUCUGGGUACUUGGCAAAAAUCGACUAGCACCACCACCUCCUGGCGCGAUGCCGGCUCCAGCGCCCAUCAACAUCGCCCCCAGCGCUCUGUAUCAUCAAGCUUUGCACUCGCCAUUGGGGACACAAUUCCUACCACAAGGCCAGCCGACAGCCUCUACAUCAACUCUGGGACAGCCUGCGCCCACAGAUGCGGUGCUGGCAGCGGAAGUCGCGCAGCUUACGCCAGAGCAAAUACAACAGAUGCUUCGGACACUGACAUCUUCUGCGCUACUCAACACCCAGACGUCCGCUGUGCUACCACCACCACCACCACCCCAGCCAGUCAUCCCCCUGCCAACUUCACAGCUCCUUAUGUCACAACAACAGACGAUUCCGAUCCAGCCUUGGUUAAACCAGCCGGUCACUUUCCAGCCUCACGUGCAGCCUCCUGCUCUUGCUCCAAUACCUGGUAACCAUCCGAUAAUGCCACCUGGCCUAGGGCCGUACCCCGAUCCUCAGUAUGAUCGUCGCUACGAUCAGGAUCGACAGUAUCCUCCCGAGAGUAUCGCGGAAGGGGUGCGCCUCGGGGCAGAGGUCGAGGCCGAGAACAUGGGGAUAGACCUCGGGAUUCUGGUUGGCGAGGACGAGGUAGAGGGUCCAGCCCGCCGCGCGGUAGGGGGUGGUCCGACCGCGGACGAUGGGAUUAAUAGCCGUUUCGUCUACAUUCGCUCUACUCUAUUUACGAUUUUGUUAUUCAGUGUAUCUAUAGGCGAUGCUACUUCGAUUUUGUCUUUGCGUACGUGUAUUGUAGGCAGUUGCCGAACGUCUGCCCCUGUUAAGAAAGGGCUCGUACACUUCCAUCAGGUGUUACGUAAGGAUUUGUGA